CCUCAACGUGCAGUCGUCAACCAUCGUGGCGGCAACGGCGGCAAUGCUGGCACUCCGUCCAAUGCUACGAGCAGGAGCUGCGGGCAUGGCGAGGCGCCACAUGCAUCUAUUUGCUGCAGGAGCAGCAGUUAUGGCUUACACGAUUCCCAGUCAGCCAUCGCUCUCGCAUAUCUUGGUCAACGAGGACUGGCAUCACCUCACGUCGAACGCAGCAACGAUCAAGUUUGCAACCGGCCAUUCCAGCGCAGUGUCCAUCACGGUCCGGAAGUCGGUGUGGCAGCGCAUCAAAAGCCUCCUCCGCCUGCUGUUGCACUGCGGCCGCCUCGUCCUCCUCGGCAUUCCAUUGCUUGUAACGUACCCGAUCGCGCGAAUCACAGACCACGACGUGUCGAUGUGGUGGUGGAGAUUAGCUCUGGCGACGGGGAAGCAGUCGAGCCCUGCCAUCAUCAAGUUUCUACAGUGGGCGAGCACCCGACGAGAUAUGUUUUCUCCUCGUUUCUGCAACACGUUUCAAGAAUUCCAUGCCAACUGCGACGUCCAUGGGUGGGGCCACACAUUGGACCGGUUGGAGGAUGCUUUUGGCCCGUCGUGGUCGACCUUCAUGGAGCUCGACCCGGACCCGAUCGGGUCGGGCGUGAUCGCGCAGGUGUACCAAGGCCGGUGGCGCGCCACGAACGGUAAAAUCGCGGUGAAAGUGAUCCACCCAUUCGUGGUGGAGUCCGUGGCACUGGAUCUGGACUUGCUAUGGGUCGUCGCUGGUUGGAUCGACUACAUUUUGCCAAACUUGUCGGCUAAAGUCGGCAUGGCGUCGUUUGCAGAGGUGAUGACGAAGCAGCUCGAUCUGCGUGUCGAGGCUGCCAAUCUGUCGCAGUUCCAGGCCAAUUUUGCGUCGGUCCCGAACGUGAAGUUUCCAUCGCCUGUGCCCGGCUUCGUCUCGGCAUCUGUACUCGUCGAGACAUUUGUCGACGGCCAGCACAUCAACGACACGAUGGAAUCGGCUGCAAGUGCGCGGGAUCGCCGGCAUCUCGCCGCCACGACGGUCGAUACUUUCCUGCGCAUGCUGUUCCUGCACAAUUUUGCCCAUGGCGACAUUCACCCGGGCAACAUCCUUGUCACGACGGCAAGGCGUGGCGGCGACCGAGGCAUUGCGCUCCUGGACGCCGGCAUCGUCAACACACUCACGGCGUCCGACUUUGAAGACUUUGUCCAGUUGUUCCACCAUAUUGUGUCCAAAGACGGCAUGGCGGCAGGGAGAAUGCUCCUCGAAAAGAGCCCAUCGCACCACUGCACCGACCAAGUCGCGUUCAGCGCGUCCAUCGCGGCCAUCGUCGACCGCGCGACGAGAAAUUUAAGCUUGAAGGAAGUGCCCGUAGGCGAGUUGCUGCAAGAUGUCCUCGAAGUGUGCCAACGCCAUCACGUCGCGCUGCAAGGACGGUUUGUGUCAGUCGUGGUGUCCAUCGGGGUCUUAGAAGGCGUCGGGCGCUUGCUCGAUCCCGACUUGGAUCUGCUCCAAAUCGCAUUGCCCAUCUUGAUCCAGGCUAAGCUCAAGCAUCGGCUAUAACCCACACGAUAAUGCAUGCACCGCCGGAACCCCGGCAUGUGCCGCGCACGUCGAAAAACACACUGCAACCACGAAACCGAGCCUGCUUUCGCCAGAGUGCGCCCACGCGACAGCUCGACUUCCUGCGU